GACGUUUAGGUAUUUGACGUUUCAAUUUACACAUCAUUAAAAAUAUAAGUGACGAAAAACUAACAAAAAUCGUAUAUUUUUCAAAAUAAAUUUAGUAAAAAGGGCACAAAAUAGGACUUUAAGGUUAAAAAACACAAAUAAUUCGGUAUAGUAAUUGUGGAUAAUAGUGAAGUGAUAAAACUAUGGGGCUCACCAUAUCUGCAGUAUUCAAUAGAUUAUUUAGUAAAAAACCCAUGAGGAUAUUAAUGGUGGGAUUGGACGCCGCAGGUAAAACGACGAUCCUAUACAAAUUAAAACUAGGAGAAAUCGUAACCACGAUACCAACGAUCGGUUUCAACGUAGAAACAGUGGAAUACAAAAACAUAUCUUUCACUGUUUGGGACGUCGGCGGUCAAACGAGAAUCAGAAAACUUUGGAGGCAUUAUUUCGCCAAUACCGACGGUUUGAUUUUCGUCGUGGAUUCCAACGAUAGAGACAGAAUCGCCGAGGCCGAAGAGGAAUUACACAAUAUGUUAGGAGAGGAAGAUUUGAGAGACUGCAUUUUAUUGAUAUUCGCUAAUAAACAGGAUUUGCCGAAUUCAAUGACUACUGCCGAAUUGACGGAUAAACUGAAAUUGCAAGCUCUGAAGAACCGGAGAUGGUUCAUACAAGCCACUUGUGCUACACAAGGGAACGGGUUGUACGAAGGCUUGGAUUGGUUAUCUAACGAACUGGCUAAAUAAAUUUAAGAAGAUAAGUUCUAAACGGGCUAUUUUUAUCAGUUGUAUUCGUUUGUAAUAAUAAUAUAUAUAAAAAAAACUGUU